AUGUCGGACCUUGAAACGUUAAGCGUUUUUCUCUCACAGUCAGUGCAGGCAGGUACGGCCAAAGCAGCGGAACAAAACUUGAAGCAAUUGGAAAAUCAAGAUGGAUUUGCAUUGACGCUUUUGCAUAUUACAGCUUCUACCAAUCAACCUAUUGCGACUAGAUUGGCUGGGGCUCUUUUUUUCAAGAACUUUAUUAAAAGGAAAUGGGUUGAUGAAAAUGGUGCGUAUUUGAUUUCUCGGAAUGAUGCGGAAGCUGUGAAGAGUGAAAUUAUACCUCUCAUGAUAAGUCUGCCUAAUAACCUUCAAAUACAGAUUGGUGAAGCGAUUUCAGCGAUUGCAGACUCUGACUUUCCACAGAGAUGGCAUACCUUGUUGGACGAUCUGAUUGGGAAACUGAGCGUGGACGACAUGGUAACCAAUAAAGGUGUGCUUACUGUGGCACAUUCAAUUUUCAAAAGAUGGAGACCGCUCUUCAGAUCGGACGAACUGUUUUUAGAAAUCAAAUUGGUCUUAGAAAAAUUUGCUGAGCCCUUUUUGGCUUUGUUGAAAUCUGUAGAUGAACAGAUUUCGGCCAACAGCGAUAAUCAGGCCAAACUUGAGCUUUUGUUUGAUGUUUUGCUAGUUCUCGUUAAACUCUAUUACGAUCUCAAUUGUCAAGAUAUUCCUGAGUUUUUCGAAGAUCAUUUACAAGCUGGAAUGGGAAUCAUGCACAAAUAUUUGUCCUACAGUAAUCCGCUUCUGGAAGACGCGGCUGAAGAUACCCAGCCCAGUAUUCUCACGAAAACGAAAGCCGCUAUUCAAGAGCUUGUACAACUCUAUACCACCAGAUAUGAGGACGUUUUCGGGCCCAUGAUAAACGAAUUCAUCCAAACUACCUGGCAUCUUCUCACAUCUCUCUCUAGCCAACCGAAGUAUGAUGUGCUUAUCUCCAAGUGCUUGUCAUUCAUGACUGCAGUUUCAAGGAUUCCGGCCUAUUUCGAAGCUUUCAACAAUGCAACCGCAAUGAGCAGCAUCAUCGAACAAAUAGUCCUACCUAAUGUUACGCUUCGAGAAAGUGAUGAAGAGCUGUUUGAGGACGAUCCCAUUGAAUACAUUAGAAGAGACCUCGAGGGCUCUGACUCAGAUACGAGGAGACGGGCUUGCACCGAUUUCUUGAAAGAGUUGAAGGAGAAGAAUGAAUCCCUGGUGACAAAUAUCGUUUUAAGUCAUAUCAAAAUCUUUUUUAAAAUGUAUGAGUCCGAUCCUGUCACUAAUUGGAAAUACAAAGAUCUUUGCAUAUAUUUGUUUUCGGCCCUUGCCAUAAAUGGAAAAUUGACGAAUGCUGGUGUGUCAUCGACAAACAUUUUAUUGGACGUCUCAGACUUUUUCACAAAGAAUAUCGUUCCUGAUCUCACAAACCCUGUUCCCCACCUCAUUCUAAGAGUUGAUGCUAUCAAAUACAUCAACGUUUUCAGGAAUCAGUUGAAUAAAGAGCAUUUGAUUCAAAUCUUGCCUUUAAUGGCCAGGUUUUUGCAAAGCGAUGAAUUCAUCGUCUACACGUACGCGUCAAUAACCCUUGAGAGAAUCCUGUCGAUGAGAGAAAGCAACGCUUCAUCUAACCCAGUCUUCAAAAAAUCUGAUUUAGCCGAUAGCUCUCACAUUCUGCUCACAAACUUGUUUCAGCUCAUUCACAAACAGGACUCUUCUCCAGAAAAACUAGCAGAAAAUGAAUUCUUGAUGAAAACCGUUUAUCGGGUACUUCUAACCUCAGAAGAUGUCACCACCCCUUAUGCUCAUGAGAUGCUUCAGCAGUUAUUGAAUAUCGUGGCCAUAAUUUCGAAAAAUCCAUCAAAUCCAAGAUUUUCUCACUACUGUUUUGAAUCAAUUGGUGUUCUUUUGAAAGUCAACCAUGACAACUUGAGCCCAUUUCUUGCUCUUAUGAUGCCAGCAUUUAUGGCUAUCCUGUCGGAUGAUGUUCAAGAGUUUAUUCCUUAUGCCAUCCAGCUCAUAGCGUAUUGUAUCGAGCAAUUGCCCCUAAAUUCAGCUUUGCCUGAAUCAGUCAUGCAAAUGUCGCAACCCAUUCUGUCGCCAGCUGUUUGGGAAAUGAAGGGUAAUGUACCCGCCGUAGCAAGGCUUCUGAAGGAUAUCAUCCGUGUUGAUAGCGGGGUGUACCCGGAUUUGGUGCCGGUACUCGGGGUUUUCCAGAGAUUAAUAGCCUCUAAAACCCAUGACGUUUAUGGGUUUGAGCUUUUGGAAUACGUUAUGACUUUCACACCGGUCGAGAAACUGCAACCUCAUUUGAAGCAAGUUGCCGUGCUAUUAUUACAGCGUCUUCAAAACUCCAGAACUGAGAAAUAUGUCAAGAAAUUUGUCGUCUUUAUUGCCAUUCUAGCCCAUAACCUGGGAUCUGACUUUGUUGUACAAUUUAUUGACGGCGUACAAGACGGUCUUUUCCCUCAAAUUUGGCAGGCUUUUGUCAUGUCGAGCCUGCCAACGAUUGGAAACUUGUUAGACAGAAAGAUAGCAUUAGUUGGCAUACUCAACAUCAUUUCAGGGGGCUCGAUUUUUACUUCCAAGUACCAUGAUCUCGUCGUCCCAUCGUUAGACGUACUUGUGAAAUGCACGGUAUCUGAGAGCGUCGUAAAUUUGAAGAACGAUUUUGUCGACCUUGAGAAUCUGGAGGAAAUUUCUACCUUCGGAUCCAGUUUCAGCAAAUUGGUCUCUAUAUCUGAUAGACGAUUCGACCCUGUACCUGACGUUGACGUUGCGCAGGGUGUCAAAGGAUAUGUUGCUGAAGCUUUGGCAAAAUUCAACCAAUCUUCGGGUAACGCAUUAGCCGCAAUGGCACCUCAUUUUUCAGAAGAAGGUAAAGCAGCAUUGCAUGCUUUAGGAUUUAACUAG